AUGGCCGCAGCACGAAUAGGCAGCCCCGGUCCGGCCAGGCUGAAGGCGCCCGCGAGCUCGAGCACCACCUCCGAGUCCGUCACAUCUUCUGGCGUCCGUCUGGCAUCGCCUGCUCCUUUGCCGCACCGUCGGGUCGCGCGUCCUUUGUCCUCCGACUUCCUCUCCGACAAGGCCACUGCUGCCAUGAUCCGGCGAACCCUCUGCGCCCAACACCUUGCUGACAGAGGGAGGAACACCCCCGCACCCGUACAAGAGCUGUUGCCUCCUCUGACAAGUCGGAACGAUGUGGAUCUGCAGCUCUAUGCUCUUAUCUCCAUCAUCAUCAGGGAGUUUGUUCAGAAUUGGUACGCGCGCAUCACACCGGACGAGACGUUUGUCGCCGAGGUCAUACAAAUCAUCGCCCACUGCACUCGCGCUUUGGAACAAAGGUUGCGGAAGAUCGACCUAGAGAGCUUGUUGUUUGAUGAGCUGCCAGAGCUAUUCGAUGCACAUAUUCGGGCAUAUAGGACUGCGAAGAGUUCAGCCGCCCGGCCUCCGAUCAAAGUGAACUCACGCGAAAUAUAUCAUUCCCUUUGUCCUCUACCCGCGCUGUCGCCAGUCCCCAAGUCUGGCGACCCGGAGAGUGUUCAGGCUCAAGCAGACAAUGAGAGCGCGUAUCGCCAACUUCUGGUGCAGGGUGUUCUCGCCGUGCUACUCCCCACUGAGGAUCUCGAAAAUGAGUGUCUUACAUCUCUGGUUGGACAACUAUUCUCGGAGAUGAUCAUCGGCACCCUCGUGGCCAACAAAGUAUCGGAGCCAUGGCUUAUAUGGGAGAUUCUGAUCAUGGUCACAAGACUAGUACGCAAAAGAAGCACAGUAGAGACCACUGAUCCCAAGUCCACCGGAGCUCGUGUCACGCAAGGUACGGACUUCAGCGAAACCCGAACAUCUGUAGGCAACCAGACCUGGUCUCUCCAACGGAAAUUCUGGGCUAUGGUCCAAUGGGUGUUUCUUGCGGUAAGCUCGAUGCGCCUCAUUGUCAGCACCAUGGUUCUCUCGGGAUCGUUGCCUCGGAGGUUACCUCCUAGUUCGGCGCGCCCAAUGGAUACGACUACCCAUGAAGGCGGCGAGAAGCUUCAAGCUUCGGCGGCGUCUGAGACCGUCGCAACACCGAUCAAAGCUCCCAUCAUCGACUUCCGAAUAUGGCCGUGCAUUGGAAACCUGCUCGAAAUGGAAGCACGCAUGCCUUGGCUGCGCGGAGCCUUGUCUAUGCUGCAAUGGGGAGCCAUGAGAGGGCCAGGGAAAAUUGCCGGGCUCGAUGGGACCCUCGACAGACUCCUCUCACACUAUAUCCACGUCUAUGUUCUCGAUGCCGCUCAACUACCCCCGCUCCUUCGAGCGAUCCGUGCCGCCGUUUUCCCCAACAAUGCGCCAGGUUCAUCCAGCCUGAUGGCCCCCUCAUCCGACGAGCAGCUGGCCGUCUUGCGUCGCAGAUGCGCUAGCGCACUUUUGGCCCUUGUUCCGAAGAGGGUGGGCAGACUUUAUUAUGGUAGCACCACUUGGCCAUGGUCUGGCUCAAAGGCUAGCAGUGAACCGCAAAGCAGAGAUAACUCGCGGUCCGGACCGCUGGAGAGCAACACCAGCAAUCGCACUGCAGAUGAUAUCAGUAGUACCGGAGAGGAAGUUCCACGCGUGCGGUUUACUGAUGAGGGUAAGCCUGGCAAGCGAAAGGAUACAACGUUGACAUCAGAUCCGAACCGACAAUUUCCGGAGACCGGUGAGCGGCCGGACGAGGCCGGUGACGAUUAUCAGGCUGACAUGUGUCACGAAGACGAGGAUGAGGACAGGAUCCUAUCCGAGAUUGAGACAGGCGUUCUCGACGUCUUCUCGGAUGCCUACUGCAAUAAGCACUUGGUGUACGGGAUCCUGGAGUUGGUACUUGUGCGUCUCAUUCCCGAGCUGGCCGAGAGAGGCAUUGACGACUUAUGGGAGGAGAGGUUGAGUUAA